AUGACUUCGGAAGGCCAUUGUGUUUUUGUGCUGGUCUACGUGGACGAUGUCUUGGUGACUGGAAGCUCGCUCGAGAUGAUUGCGCGCACCAAGAACGACCUCAAGACACGCUUCGAGAUGACGGACAGCGGCAAGUGUGCCUUUGUUCUUGGGAUCGAGCUAUUGGACGGUGAAGAUGGCAGCGUGACUAUGUGUCAGCGCCGUUAUGUCGACGAUGUCCUCAAGCGCUUUGGAAUGGAGGAGUGCAAGGCUGUGGCAAGUCCGGUGGACGUCAGCUCUCGACUGGUUCCAAGCAACUCUGCAAGCAAGGUGGAUGUCCCAUUCCGUGAAGCAGUGGGUGCUUUGAUGCAUCUGACGACUGCAACGCGACCGGACAUCGCCUAUGCUGUAAGCUUUGUGUCACGGUUCAUGGAGAAACCCCAAGAAGAACACUGGGUUGCAGUCAAGCGCAUCUUCCGCUACCUACAAGGCACCAAGAUGCAUGGAAUCUGCUACAAGCCAAGUGCGAAGAUCGACUUUCGUGGCUAUUCAGAUGCAGACUGGGCCGGUGACCUUGCUGAUCGCAAAUCGACGUCCGGCUACGUCUUCAUGCUAUUGGGUGCUCCGGUGAGUUGGGGCAGCAAGAAACAGCCAAGUGUGUCACUGUCUACAAGCGAAGCGGAGUACAUCGCGCUCAGCCUGGCGAUCCAAGAAGGCAAGUGGAUCAAUCGCUUGUUGUGCGAGAUCAUGGCGGCUGCAAACGAAGAAGGACCCGAGCUCGUCAUCCGUGAAGACAACCAGUCGUGCAUCAAGAUGACGAAGAAUCCGGUCAACCACGGCCGCGCUAAACACAUCGACAUCAAGUACCAUCACAUCCGUGAUGAAGUCAAGCGCGGCGAAGUGAAGCUUGAAUACUGCGAGACGACGUUGAUGUUGGCGGACAUCAUGACCAAGGCACUUCACGGACCGCGUCACAAGGACUUGACGGCGGCGCUUGGCAUCCGUGCGUGUUCGGAUUGA